AUGUUGAUCGCUCUGUCAUCAUUCUCAUAUCAAUCUAGCACUGCUACCGCAGCCCUCAUUCAUGUUACCAGUCAAGCUGAUACUGCUCUUAAAGAGCGUCACCCACGAUUAAACUUCGAGAGCUGUACGAAGGCUAAAGGCUGUGUGAAAAUCAAGGCAUCCGUUACAUUAGACGCAACGUAUCGGAAAUUUCAUUCUAAAGAAGAUCCAAGUAAACCUUGUCUCGUAAAGGGAAGUUGGGACCCAGAAUUAUGUCCAAACGAAGUCGAAUGCUUGAAGAAUUGUGUAACAGAUGGAGUUUCCGAUUAUUCUGAAUUCGCGGGUGUUUCGAAUCCGGACGAUUCUAGUGUUAGUUUGAAAUUAGUCGUAGAAAAUAAGGAAACGAAGGCAGUCAGUAUAGGCUCAAGAAUUUACCUUUUAGAUGAUAAUGGACGUUAUGUGAUUCAUAAGUUGAAAGGAAAAGAAAUCUCUGUCGAUGUCGAUGUUUCUCGUAUAGGUUGCGCAGUAAAUGGGCAGUUCUACUUGACUGAGAUGUCUGAAGAUGGAGGAUCGAAAAACCAAUCAUUCAUGAAUACUGCUCAACCUGGAUCCUUCUCCGGAACGGGUUAUUGUUCGUCUGCAUGUCCUGCAGAUCUUGCGUUCAUCGGAACUGAGAUCAAUCUUGAGCUUAAACGCAAAGGUGCAAUCCCCAAAGGAGCUUGUUGUAAUCACAUGAGUCUCAUAGGAACAAAUGCUUUUGCUCAAGUAAUGAACGCACAUUCAUGUGCGGCUUCUGGUCAGAAGAUCUGUACCGGUAAAGAAUGCGAACAAGGUCCGGAAGGUAUAUGCGAUAGAAACGGUUGCGAAUUCAAUCCUUAUAGAAUAGGUUCACCGGACUUUUUUGGACCAGGGAAAACUGUUGAUUCAGCAUCGCCAUUCAAGGUUGUCACACAAUUCAUCACAGACGCAAAAGGUGAAUUAUCGGAGGUUAGAAGACUAUAUGUUCAAGGUGGUAAAAUCAUUGAAAACGCUCACGGUGGGUAUCCGAAAUUAAAAUCCUUUAAUUCGAUUACAAAUGAGUUUUGUAGUGAAUCAGCAAAAGUCUUUGGUGGGCCAGACAAAUUUACCGACAUGGGUGGUCUCAAGCAUUUAAGUGAUAGUUUAGAUCGUGGAAUGGUAUUAGUAAUGAGUUUAUGGGAUGAUAAAGGUGACGAUAACAUGUUGUGGUUUGAUGGCGCCUUUCCUCCUGAUGUUGAUCCGAAAAAGCCGGGCAUAAGUCGUGGUCCUUGCACACGUGCAGAUAGUAAUGCGACAGACUUUGAACUUAAAAAUCCAGAGGCAUUUGUUCAAUUCUCUAAUAUUCGUGUUGGCGAACUGGAUUCAACAUACACCUAG